ACAAUGGUUGAGUGUUUAUGCAAAGGCUAAAUAAUUAGGUUGUUCAUGAGCUGAUUUUGCUUUUACUUUUCUAUCUCUUUUGUUUGAGCUUCAUUCCCUUUUGUCACUGAAACUCUAAGCAAGGAAGUGAGUUCUUAAUCCACUGGUGUAUAUUUUCACGUACUGUAGUCAGAAAUUCCUUAUUUGUCUGCUUAAUGCUCUAAUAAUAUGUUUCUAUCAUUGUAGUUGCAAGCAUGUUACAGCAGAAGAAAUGGAAGCGAAGAUAAUGAAGCAAGAGAUAACUAAGGAGCAAACUUAUUUAUCAGAACUGGCUUUAGCAAGUUUCAACAAGAGGAGAAAGGUGAAGCUUGAGUUGUUUGAGACAUUGCUUUCUAGGCUCUUUUACGAGAGCAGCCAUAUUUUUACGCACCUAAAUUUCAUCGCCAAGCGCAAGGAUAAGAAGAAACUCUUUUUCGCCGAGAUAGAGGACUGUGGACGGGGUCGUGAAGAGAUCUUGAAAGUACGCUGUUGCGUUCCCCUGGAUUCAUUAUGUGAAGGUGGUUAUUAUUACUACUGUGAUGAUCCUAGACGUGGCUGUAGGAAAGGGUUUGACUUCACACGUUGCUACGGCUGCAGCGAGUUCCUGAAACAUCCGGUUGAUGGCUCCACGUACUCAGGAGGCCAUGACCAUCGGAGGAGGAACUAUAUAGUUUAGAACGUUGUUUCAUUUAUCAGCGGUGGAGCCUCAUGGUCAUGGAGGUCCAUACCGGACCUUGCAGCAACGGGGUGACAGUGAGCCCCAUCGUUAAUUAAUUAAUUCACCGUGGAUUCGUACA